UACUCUCUUCCCACCCCAAAAAGAACCUCUGAAGAGCAAUAGCAGCCAGAACCCCACGAGCACGAGGUGCUGCGGGAGGAGGCGCCGGCCCCGCCCCGGCCCCGCGCAGCCCCGGGCGCGGAGCGGCGCGGAGCGAGCCGCGCGGAGCGGAGCGGGGCGGAGCGCUGCGAUGUGCAGGAUGUCGUUCAAGAAAGAAACACCACUUGCCAAUGCUGCAUUUUGGGCUGCAAGAAAAGGAAACCUGGCUCUCCUCCAGCUGCUGCUGAACAGUGGGCGAGUGGAUGUGGACUGCAAAGACAGCCUUGGCACAACAGCUCUGAUGGUAGCAUCUUACUAUGGCCACAUAGAUUGUGUACGGGAAUUGGUGUUGCAAGGAGCAGAUAUCAAUCUGCAGAGAGAGUCAGGUGCAACUUCUCUGUUCUUUGCUGCACAGCAAGGCCACAAUGAUGUAGUGAAGUUUCUCUUUUCAUUUGGAGCCUCAACUGAAUUUAAGAAUAAAGAUGGAGGCACAGCUCUCCUGGCUGCCUGUCAGUAUGGGCAUGCAAAAGUAGUGGAAACUCUGCUGAAGCACGGCGCCAACAUUCAUGAUCAACUCUAUGAUGGAGCUUCUGCAAUUUUCCUGGCAGCACAAGGAGGAUAUCUGGAUGUCAUCCGAUUGCUGCUUUCCUCAGGAGCAAAGGUUAACCAGCCACGACAGGACGGGACAGCUCCCUUGUGGAUUGCCUCACAGAUGGGUCACAGCGAAGUGGUGCGAGUGAUGCUGCUCCGGGGAGCCGAGCGCGACGCCGCCCGGGAUGAUGGUACCACUGCUUUAUUGAAGGCUGCCAUUAAAGGCUACAACAAUGUGAUAGAAGAGUUGCUGAAGUUCUCUCCUACACUUGGCCUGCUAAAGAAUGGGACCUCUGCUCUCCAUGCAGCCGUCCUGAGUGGCAACGUGAGGACAGUGGCACUGCUCCUUGAGGCAGGAGCGGAUCCAUGUCUGAGGAACAAGGCAAAUGAAUUGCCAGCAGAACUAACAAAAAAUGAACGCAUCCUCCGACUGCUCCGUGCAAAGGAAAAGCAAAGGAAAAGCUAAUGCAGCCCUAUGGCAGAUGCAGUUUGACAGAGAAGUACCCUGACCACAAGUAGCAUGACAGUAAUCCUAGGUUGGAACAGUUUGCAGAACCGAUUAGCCUGCCCAGUACACGCACCCUGAGCGCACCAGGCCCUUGCCACGGGGUCACCAUGGGCUGGGGCCUCUGCCUGGCACGGCUGAACGCGGGACCGCGACGAGAGCAGGGGGUGGCCCAGGAGCUGCCUCUGCACCGCAGCCCUGCCUGUCCUCCAGGAUCCCACCGAUCCCAGCACCGACGUUUGCUCCCCACGCAUCCCGGCACAGGCAAGCACCCCUGCAGCUUCAGACACACACCCCACUCUGUCACGGCCACACCUGUGACAGCGUGGGUAGGGAGCACUCGGCCCUUGUGCCAGAGGGAUACCCAGACCUUGCAGCUGUUUGGAUUCAGCUGGCCACGGAGCAGCCCCAUGAUGCCCCUGCCCUCCCUCUGCUGACAGUGACCAUUCCUCUCCACUUCCAAGUGCCACAUGAGAUCAGAGGUGAGAUGCUGCCUGAGCCGUCACAACAGCAAAAGUUCUCCUGUCAGCCCAGGGCUGAGGUAACAUUUUUGCUACUACAUGAAGAUCUACAUAAACGAUCAAGAGUAUUACAAGUGAUGCCAAAAGCAACCAACCAAACAAAAAGCAAGGGGAAGGCCUCUCAAUUGCAGUGUCUUGAUCUGCCAAUCUGUCCAGCAACAGAAACACAGCGGAGCAGUUUAUUUUGCAUGCCUACGCAGCUUAUGGGGAUCCUUCCCCAACCCUGUGUGCAUUUUUGUGGGUAGAGGAAGACUGGUUGCUGAGCAAACCAGCCAUGCCCAAAAGGGCAUUUUUCCACAGGUGCAAGUACAUCAGAAGCUCAGCUGUCAGGCAUAACAAACCGCACGGAUGCUACACAAAGUGGUAUUUAUAUGUUGUGCAGUCAGAUACAUGACACUAUGGCUUAGUACACAUAGCUACUAUGCAAUGCACUCAUUCCCCAGGUCUGUGGCAGAAGUUAAGGGAGAAGUGCACAGUGUACAGGUGUUUCAACAGUUGGUGAGAGGGUUACACGUUGCCAUACCUGAACAGGCCCACUAAUUAUUGCAGACAUGAAAAAUGAAGUCUGAACAGCAGUUUUGGCCUUUAUUGUGGUUAAGACACUUAGACAUGCUACUAGUGCCUGUGUGGGGAAGGCAGCGCAAAUUGCAGGCAGCUUGUGAGGAGUUAUGUUUCAACCACGUUGCUCUAAGACACCCCAUUAAAACCCAAUAAUUUCUGCAGUAUAAACAGUAUAUGCCAUGUCCUGUUAGCCACAAAAACAUUAGAGCAAAUUGAGGUAAAAAGUUAGUUCAGUACAUAAAUCCCACUUCAACCACUUUCUACCCUUGGCAAAUUAUUGAAUUGCUUUACAAGUUGAAGACAAGGAAGAUUGUAAGGACACAAAAUAAUUAUUUCUUAAGAAAUGUCUGCCUAUGUUUCAGCUGAACUGCUGCAUUUUUGUUUCGGUGAGUUAAAAGGAAAUCUGUAAGUGAGCUAACACGAAUGUAGUUUAUGUAUUGCAAAUUAGCUAUAUGAAUUAUCAAAUUAUAAAGUGAUUAUUUUUGUGAGUAAGAUAAGAAGUCAGUGUUCUGGUGAAGAGAAUAGAGCCAGGUGUACCUUUUCUUGCAUGCUGGAAUUCCUAUUCAAUUUCUAUUCUGCAUUAAAAGGAAAGCUUUAAGUUUUCCAACAAUGUAAUAAGAAAAAUUUAUCUGUUUAGUAAUUUAUGCUGCUGUAUUUUUAAAUUAAAAUAAUGUUGUGCCUAAUAGAAACUUGCAGAUGAACUGGUACAGAACCAAAGAAUUACCCAAGAUGCUUAAAGGAUGACUGUAUCCAGGGUUAAGUUCUGCAAAAGACUAAAAAAUACUGAGCAUGCAAAAAUCUCAAGAGCCUUAUUGGGAUCUUAAAUUGCACAGCAUUACAAGGGACUGCACUUUAACUUCUUUAACAAACAACACUGGAGAAGACAGGUAUAUUUGAAGCCUCCAGUGGGCUGAAGAUGAGCAUACUAUUUUGGAGAACAGUAGAGGGACUCUGGGCAGCCUGGCCUCAAUACUGAACUUUCAUCCUAAAUUCUCUACAGAUCAACAACUGGCAACAAUCACACUCUCAAGGUGAAAAGCCCUUUCAUAUUUGUAAAGGAAGUGAAUAAUCAUGAGAAGGUCUAGCUAUGCAAUAAAUACUAUUAAUAUCACAAAGCCUGUAAUAAUCAUACAGUCCUGCUGAAAAAUGUGGAAGCAUCCAUUUUUGGUGAGGGUGUUCUAUUUUCUCCUGAUAGCAGAGCAUAGGAGAGAGGA